GUUCAGAAACCGCGAUAGUGUAGCAUUCUUUGGGACGUGUGGGGUGCAAUGGCUGCGUCCACUGAAUCAUAUUACCUGGGGUUUGAUUUCAGCACUCAGCAGCUGAAGGUGGUUGCUGUUGAUGGGAACCUCAAUGUUGUCCACCAGGCCAAUGUGCAAUUUGACAGUGAACUGCCAGAAUUCAGGACUCAGGGAGGGGUACAUAUUCAUGCAGAUAGGUUGACGGUCACCUCACCUGUGCUCAUGUGGGUGAAGGCACUUGACCUAGGCCUAGGUAAGAUGAAGAAUGCUGGAUUUGACUUCUCCCGUGUGAGGGCCCUAUCUGGCAGUGGACAGCAACACGGCAGCGUUUACUGGAAGAAAGGGACCAACCAAGUCCUCAGAGAUCUUGAUCCAGGAAAAAGUUUGCAUGAACUUCUGCAGAAUAGGUUUACAGUGCCUGAUAGCCCAGUGUGGAUGGACUCCAGCACAACAGAGCAGUGUCUGCAUCUGGAAUCAGCGAUGGGUGGCCCUCAAAGAGUUGCAGACAUCACUGGAUCCCGGGCCUAUGAGCGCUUCACUGGAAGUCAGAUUGCCAAGGUUAACGAGUACAGUCCGAUGCAGUACCAGGAAGCUGAGAGAAUCUCGUUGGUUAGCAGCUUUGCUGCCUCUUUAUUACUGGGACAGUAUGCAGCCAUUGAUUACUGUGAUGGUUCAGGGAUGAAUUUGAUGGACAUUUUCAGCAAACAGUGGGAUGAGUCCUGUCUGUUGGCCACUGCGCCUGAACUGAAGGAGAAGUUGGGAACUACAGUGCCGUCCUCCACUGUCUUGGGCCCCGUCUCUGCAUACCAUGUCAAUCGCUACGGCUUCCCAGAGGACUGUAAAGUAGUGGCUUUCACUGGGGACAAUCCAGGGUCUCUGGCUGGAAUGAGGCUGCAGGAAGGAGACAUAGCCGUUAGUCUUGGCACUAGCGACACAGUCUUCCUGUGGAUCAAAGAGCCAAGGCCCACAGUGGAAGGACACAUCUUCUGCAACCCUGUGGAUGGCACCUCCUACAUGGCUUUGUUAUGCUACAAGAACGGCUCCCUGACCAGAGAGAGGAUCAGAAACGAAUGUGCUGGAGGAUCAUGGGAGGUCUUCUCCUCUGUCUUAAAGUCUACACCAAUUGGCAACAAUGGGAACAUGGGGAUUUAUUUUGAUUCAGUGGAGAUCACCCCGCCUGCAGUCGGAGUGCACCGGUAUAACAACGAAAACAAAAAGGUAGCCGGCUUCCCCGCCCAGGAGGAAAUCCGAGCCCUGGUUGAGGGACAGUUCCUGGCAAAGAGGUAUCAUGCCGAAAAGCUGGGUUAUAAGAUCAUUCCAGGAACUCGAGUGCUGGCCACGGGAGGUGCCUCUUCUAACAAGGAAAUUCUGCAGGUGCUGUCGGAUGUUUUCAAUGCUCCUGUGUAUACAAUUGACGUGGCCAACUCCGCCUGUCUUGGCUGUGCCUACAGAGCCCUGCAUGGACUUGUUGCUGAAUCUGGAGUGUCCUUUGCCGAGGCGGUGAGAAAAGCACCAGAACCACAGCUUUCAGUGAGCCCGACCCCUGGAGCCAAGAAGGUGUUUGAUCCCCUGUUGGCGCGCUACGCCACACUGGAGGAGGGAGUGCUCCUGGAAUCAAAGCAGUGACUGAACACUGGCAACUAUUACAUUCAGAAUCUUCUCCACGCUCUGAUGAGCCAGUGUGAAUUACUUCCACAACUGUGCCUUACAACAUUUUAAAAUCUUUAUUUUCACAUCAGUGGAUUAAAAUAUAUUUUUUCUUAAUCCGUGUAUCCUACAGUGUCACAACCCUCUUUAAUUUGUUUAGUUCUGAUGCUGGGUAGUGAUUACAUUAAGAAUAUGUUGUUUCUUACUUGGCUGGUAUCCUUUGAAAGGUGAAAAAUAAGGAUUUUUUUCUUUGUCUAGGUGCUUACUUGGCAACCAAUCUGUUCUCACUUCAUGUUUUCAAUGGGCAUUUAGCAUUUUAAUAUGAAUGUGCUACUGAAGAGUUGUCUUAGAAAAUAGUCUUGUGGCUGUUACGGGAAUAUUGAGAGAAUAUCUACAGUAUUGACAAUGAGUUCUGCGGUGCCAAAGUACUGAAAUUAUUUCAAACAAUAAAAUAAAUUGAACUUGUCCUGACAA